CUUCUUUUAUUAUUACUUUUGGCCCGAACUUUCAACACUUUCAAAAACACACACAAAAUGGUGGUUGAUCACCGGCUGCCCAAUCUACAUUAUGCACGGGAGGACGUGGAUGGGGACGCUGCACCCUCUGUCGCUGGAAAACAAGUGGACAAUUGCACAGCAAACACUACGGAUCUCGACCAUGAACUCCCCCCACGUCGAUCUGCCGCUCGCUUAGUGCAAGACUUGAAGUCUACAGGAAACCGAUACGUAAAGAUUUGUGCACCCAUGGUUCGAUACAGUAAGCUUCCUUUCAGAGAGCUGGUGAGGAAGUAGCUACGAUGUUGAUAUCGCUUAUACACCCAUGAUUCUUGCGGAUGUGUAUAAGCAUUCCAAAAUAUCCCGGGAUACAGAGUUUAGGACUAACAGGAAAGAUGACCCGGUUGUUAUUCAAUUUGCUGCUCAUUCAGCUGUGGAUUUGGCGGAUGCUGCGGAAUUGGCUGCCCCAUACGUCAAUGGUGUUGAUCUGAACUGUGGAUGUCCUCAAAAAUGGGCCGUUCACGAAAAAAUUGGAGCUCACUUGAUGGAAGAUCCGGAACUCGUCCGUGACAUGGUUCGACAAGUCAAAGCACGCACAUCCGGCAUCGCCAUGGCGGACGGAGAACCCUUCCCUUGCUCAGUAAAGAUCCGUGUACACCCCGAUUUGAAAAAGACGGUAGAAUUUGUUCAAAGGGCCGAGAGCGUGGGAGUAGAUUGGAUUACGGUGCAUGGACGGACACGACGGCAGAAGAGUACAGAGCCGGUUGAUUUGGAUGCUAUCAAGUUGGUGAAAGAACAUGCGACAGUGCCAAUUUUUGCAAACGGCGAUGUCUUUAGUCUCCAAGAUGCAGAUCGUAUUGUCGAGUACACAAAGACCGAUGGUGUCAUGGCCGCCCGAGGUCUGCUAGAAAAUCCAGCUCUGUUUGCGGGACACGAGUACACCCCGCUUGAAUGUGUAGAAAGAUAUGUACGUCUCGGUAUAGGAUACGGAUCCACCCAUUUUAUUUUCCAUCAUCAUUUGAUGUACAUGCUGGAUAAAUCCAUGAGUAGAGCCGAGAAGAAGACUUUUAAUUGUCUUACUAGUAUUCCUGGUAUCUUGGACUAUCUUGAAACAAAUUAUGGGCUGGACUUUGCAUCACGAUAACAAGCAUUUUGUUAAUAACCGUGUGGCAUUCAUUUAUUUAUACUAGCUUCUUUUGUAUAUAGAUCAGCACUUUGCAAUAUAUAGUGAACUACAUCCCUUUUACACGAA